ACAAUUACGGGAAACUCUAAGCAUUUUUUUUCUAUAACUGUGUUUAGGAACACAGUUGUGUUUGUUGAACAUUACAGAGCACCGAGCCAAUGGUCGUAGAAUGCCGAGUUUCGCGCUUAAACUCACCCGCUUUUCACUUGUGGUGCGGGAGGUGGUUCUGUCGGGCCCCUGGAUCGAACGACAUCUUUGCCAAUCAGCCUCUCGCCCUCCGGAACAAAAGAAAACGUCCGAAGAAAUAAAAUCCGGAAACAAAUACUGCUUUGCCAUCGAUCGUGGAGGCACCUUUACGGAUGUAAUGUGCAUUUGUCCAGGCGGCAAGGUUCGCACCAUGAAACUGCUCUCCGAGGAUCCUGAACGCUACAGCGAUGCCCCUCGCGAGGGCAUUCGCCGAAUUCUCAAGGAGGAGACCGGCACGGAUCUGGCACCCAGUGGCUUGGUGGACACCUCGAAGAUUGGUUGGGUGCGCAUGGGCACAACAGUGGCCACUAAUGCCCUGCUAGAACGAAAGGGAGAUCCGGUGGUUUUGGUCGUCAACAGUGGCUUCCGAGACCUCCUCUAUAUUGGCAACCAAGCACGUCCCAAAAUCUUUGAUCUGAAUAUCCGUAAGCCGGCGAAUCUUUAUCAAGCCGUGGUGGAAGUGGAUUGCCGUAUAGUUCCAGAGCAGAAGGGACGCUGUCAGCUGGAUCAAAAAUGGAAGGUCCUGGAGGGAGUGGCCGGCUCCAAGUAUCUAGAGAUGCUUCCAGUAGAUGAAACGGCAGUGCGUGCUUCCCUUACAGUUGCCCGGGAACAGGGCAUUUCUUCCGUGGCCGUGGUUUUGGCCCACAGCUAUUCCUGUCCGGAGCACGAGCUCCGGGUGGGCGCCAUUGCCCGGGAUCUGGGUUUCAGCCAUGUGACACUCUCCCACCAAGCCAUGCCCAUGGUCCGAGUGGUGGCCCGCGGAUACACCGGGUGUGCAGAAGCCUACCUGACGCCCCACGUGGACAGGUAUCUGGCCAGUUUCAAAUCGGGUUUCGAUAAGCAUCUCGAGGGAGUGGAUGUUCUCUUCAUGCAAUCGGACGGAGGCCUCACCAACAUGGAGAAUUUCAGGGGAGCCCGUGCCAUUCUAUCGGGACCCGCUGGUGGGGUAGUGGGCUAUGCUCUUACAGGAGCUCGGGAAACGGAGCUACCCCUCAUCGGAUUCGAUAUGGGUGGAACCUCCACGGACGUGUCCCGCUAUGCAGGAAGCUAUGAGCAUGUCAUAGAGAGCACCACUGCUGGAGUGACCAUUCAGGCUCCACAGCUGGACAUCAAUACCGUAGCAGCUGGUGGCGGAUCGCGCCUAUUUUUCCGUUCUGGAGUUUUUGUGGUCGGUCCGGAGUCGGCCGGCUCUCAUCCUGGACCCGCCUGCUAUAAGAAGGGUGGUCCCCUGACUGUCACAGACGCCAACCUUAUACUGGGUCGUAUUCUGCCUCAGUAUUUCCCCAAGAUCUUUGGACCGAAGGAGAACGAGCCCCUGGAUCAUGAGAUCGCCAAGAGCAAAUUCGCCGAGAUGCAGAAGGAGAUUAAUGACAACUUAAAGGCCUCUGGAGAUGGGCGAGCUUUGACCAUUGAGCAAGUGGCGCUGGGCUUCGUCCGAGUAGCCAACGAAGCCAUGUGCCGUCCUAUUAGGUCCCUAACCCAGGCCAGAGGUUUGGACACGGCCAACCACGUCCUUUCCUGCUUUGGAGGAGCCGGUGGGCAGCACGCUUGCGCCAUUGCCCGUAAUUUGGGAAUCGCAAAGGUUGUCGUUCAUAAGUACGCUGGCAUUCUCUCAGCCUAUGGAAUGGCUCUGGCCGAUGUGGUUCAGGAAUUGCAGGAACCAAGUGGUCUGGAGUUCAGUGAUUCCAAUGCUCAGCAGCUAAAGGAGCGUCUGGAUGCUCUCUCCCAGCAAUGUCAUGCCAAAUUGGCCGACCAGGGCUUCCGUCAAAUUGAACUGGAGCCUUUUCUUCAUCUUCGUUAUGAGGGUACGGAUGGAGCGCUGAUGUGUUCCCCUCCAGUUGGAAAACAACCGGACUCCGCCUCCGCCACGUCUCCUCUAUUGGCUGCCUAUGGAGACUUCCAUGCUACUUUCCUAGUGCGAUACCAAACCGAGUUUGGAUUUGUUUUGCAAAAUAGAAGGAUCAUUGUGGAUGACAUUCGUAUACGCGGAUUGGGCAAAAACGAAACGCCCCCGGAGGCUCAAGUUCAAAGCGCCAAGGAUGGCUCACCACCAACCCCAGAAGGAACCACUCGCAUGCACUUCGACGAGGGUAGUUUCGAUGCCCCCAUAUAUCUGACCAAGAAUCUGCUAGCUGGACACAAGAUCGCCGGACCAGCAGUGUUGAUUGAUCAACUGUCGACCAUAGUUGUAGAGCCAGAAUGCGGUGUCCAGGUAACUCCAUUCGGAGAUCUCAUCAUGGACGUUAAAACUGGAGGAAAGCAUGGCAUCACUGCGGUGCUUGAUCCCAUGCACUUGAGCAUCUUCAGCCAUCGUUUCAUGAGCAUUGCCGAACAGAUGGGACAUGGCUUGCGAAGGACUUCCAUUUCAACUAAUAUUAAGGAGCGCCUGGACUUCUCCUGCGCUCUCUUCGGCCCGGAUGGUGGCCUGGUGAGCAACGCUCCGCACAUUCCUGUCCAUCUGGGAGCCAUGCAGGAAACCGUUCAGUAUCAGCUGAAAGUACGGGGAGAUACCUUGAAGCAUGGAGAUGUUAUUCUGGCUAAUCAUCCUGCGGCUGGUGGUUCCCAUCUUCCAGACUUGACCGUCAUGACUCCUGUCUUUCAUGAAAAACAACCACGUCCUGUCUUCUUUGUGGCCUCUCGUGGUCAUCAUGCAGAUAUUGGUGGCAUUACUCCUGGCUCCAUGCCACCCCACUCUACAUCCCUGGCUCAAGAGGGAGCCGCAUUCAAGUCCUUCCUUUUGGUGGAGAAUAGCCUGUUUCAGGAGCAAAAAAUCAUAGAGCGCCUGACCACACCCACAGACGCCAAGGGAGCCGUCGGCACCAGGAAUUUGAGCGACAAUCUUUCCGAUCUGAAGGCCCAGAUCGCGGCCAAUCAUAAGGGAAUCCAACUGGUGUCAGAACUGAUCGACAGCUAUGGAUUGGAUGUGGUUCAGGCUUACAUGUCCCACAUCCAGAAGAAUGCCGAACUGGCGGUGCGGGAUAUGUUGCGUCAGAUUGGUCGGGGCACUCAGCAACGCACGGGAUCGACUGUCCUGCAAGCCCAGGAGUUCAUGGAUGACGGAUCACCUAUUACUCUGACGGUUACCAUUGAUACGGAGCAGGGAUCGGCAAUUUGCGACUUUACAGGAUCCGGAGUGGAAGUUUGGGGAAAUUGCAACACACCAAGGGGAAUCACUCUUUCGGCUCUGAUAUACUGCCUGCGAUGCAUGGUGGGACACGAUAUUCCCCUCAAUCAGGGAUGCUUGGCGCCUAUAAAGGUUAUCAUUCCCAAGAACUCUAUUCUGGACCCUUCCGAGGGUGCUGCCGUUGUGGGUGGCAAUGUCCAGACCUCCCAGCGUAUUGUGGACACUGUUCUGAAAGCUUUUGGAGUGUGCGCCGCCUCCCAAGGAUGCAUGAACAACAUUACCAUUGGAGAUGACACCUGGGGCUACUAUGAAACUGUGGCUGGAGGUGCAGGUGCUGGGCCCAGCUGGCACGGAGCUAGUGGAGUGCAUACCCAUAUGACAAACACUCGCAUCACCGAUCCUGAAAUUUUUGAGCUUCGCUAUCCCAUGGUCCUGAAACGAUUCUGUCUGCGCACCGACGAAUCCGGAGGCAGGGGGCAGUUUAACGGCGGCGAGGGCGUGGAGCGUGAUAUACUUUUUCGGAAGCCAGUGACUCUUUCCGUCCUAACGGAACGGCGAACACUCCAGCCUUAUGGCUUAGCCGGAGGACUGCCAGGGAAGAGUGGACGCAACCUGAUUGUGAAACGGGACGGCCGGGUUAUUGCCUUGGGUGCAAAAACUUGUAUUGAUGUCGAUGGUGGUGACACUUUUGCCAUGAAAACUCCGGGUGGCGGUGGAUUUGGAGUGAGCAGCAAGUCGGCAUAGGACCAAGAGAUGUAUUUGAGCUCGGAGCUGUGUUCAACUUUUAGUUUUUAUACCUAAACAUAUAUUAUAUAUUUUUUCCAUACAA